AUGGAGGCCUCCCCCUUAACCCAGCAAUCUAGACCCGACAUCUUCAAGCCCAAGAUCGUGCAACUAUACGAGAAUCUCUUCCGAACGCAAGAAUUUGCAGAACCAUCCGAAGGUUUUUGGAGGGAAUUUUUCUUGCUGGCGCCGGAUCGAGCCCAACUUCAUUGGAUCUUGGAUCAGCUUAGCCCUGAUGACACUCUUGACUUACAGGCGCAGACCCAACAACUUUUCUCUCGUGCCAUCCGGGAGGCUGCCUCUGGAGUCAGUCCCGCCGAUGCCUUUGCAUUAGAGACCUUGAUGGUCUUUCUAGCCUGCGUUCUGAAGAAGAAGUAUACCAAUCCCAGUUCGGAUGUCAUCACCGUGCUUGCGGGGCUCGAUGAGGUCGAUCAUGUCAUCUCGGACUUUGUAUCUAUGUUGGAUGGCAUCAUUCGCAAAGGGAGCAGCAUCGAUGUUCGGGCAAAAGCCAUUCGAGCUGCCAUUGCAAUGGUCAGCGGGGCAUACAAAACGAGCCUCGUAUCGUACUUUGCCCACCGGGACCUAUUUCCUUCACUUAUGAAGUUUGUUCAUGAUUCUGAUACCCCGAUUCAAGUGUUUGAGCCGUUUAUCCUUCUUGGGUUGCUGGCGAACUACAACAAAUUCGAAUUCCAAAAUCCAUAUCAGCUGCGACUCGACGACUUUGUCAACGAGUCGAGCAUCCAAAAAAUUGUCAAGGGGGUCGGCACUUCAUGCGCUGCCCUGCGAAACGGCUAUGUGGCUGUCCAAGACGACGCUCCUGAAGGCUGGUCCUUGAUCAGCUCUCUGAUGUACUUUGGUCUGGGAGCUCUGAAGCCCGGUACAAAGGAUAAGACGAAUCCUCCAACUACAGAAGAAGCCAAAGACUUGUUCGCGCACCUACCAGCGCAACAAGCAGCGAUUUUCCUGUCAACUUAUGACUUUACCAACGCCAACAAACUCUUUGGCGUUCAUCUCAUCAGCGCUGCACCGGAAAACAGCAACGAGGAGUCACCAUUUGCAACCUUCCUGUCUGUGACUUCGUACUUGUUGCAGCAUGCGUAUCGGUCCGCGAGGGUGUCACACUAUGCAGAGCUCAACCUCUUUACCCUUCGCAUUCUCACUGAGGAUUCUACUCUAUGCAAGCUCCUCUGCAGUGAGGACACGAAGAGAACUGUUCGCCUGUGUCGCCAUAGACAACCAUAUCUCCCAUUGGUCGCUGGCGAUCGAGUCCUUGCUACGGUCAUCUUCGACGUGAUGAUCGACGCCAUCUCUCACAACCUCCGACGACGCCUCGAUGCAAAUCUGUACAGCCACACAAUCGCAAUCCUCCUCCGCCUCCUAACCUACCUCUCCAUGAGCAAAAUCCGCCUAACCUACCACUGGUCCGAACUCUGGCGCACCCUCCUCUCCCUAAUGCGCUUCCUAACCACCUACUCCUCCGACCUCACCACAAACCCCCACAUCACCACCCUAAGCACCUCCCUCGUGGACCUAGUCGCCUUCUGCGUCUCCGCAGGCGACACCUUCCUUCCCGACCCAGCCUCCUACGACGACCUCUUCUACAAACUUGUCGAGACGGGCCCCAUCAUCUCUAAAUUCCGAGAUGUCUACGCCCUCAAACCAAGCAACAAGAAAUCAGCCGAUAAAGACAUCCACGUCGGCGCUAUUGAUACCCUGAUCGCUGUGUCUACGCAUUUCUACACACUACUCUUCCACGAGGAUAAGGAGAAGUCCGCACUUGCGGAAGGGGAGGGCGAGUCUGCGGCACCGAUCCCGGCGUCUCGGAAGAAGAAUUUGAGUCCGAGAGAGGUUCAUCGGAUUAUUUCGCAGGGGUAUGAUACGUUGAGUAUUCAGCCGCCAGAGGGGUUGAGUGCGUGGACGAGGUGGCGGGAGGCGGAUUGGAAGGCGGAGUUGAAGAGGUCGGCGAGGUGUGCAGUUGAGGAUGCUAGGGUGUUGGUUGCGUAG